GAAAACAAGAAAAGAGAAAUAUAGAACAAAGGACGAAGCCGACAUCGUCCUCAAAUUCAAGGUUUCGUGAAUUGAAUGCAGCCAAAGACCACCUCUCUCUCUCUCUCUCUAAAACACACACACAUAUACACGCGCAGAAGCACAAGCACACACGGAGUUAACAGUAUAUAUAAUAUAACCUGGGCUUGAAAUGUGGGAGAAAAUUCAUCCCGAGAAGGUUUCUUUGCAGAUACCGCUUCUUCUUGCUCUAGAUUUCUGACUUUACAAUUCUAAGUUUUUCUUUUCAAGACGGUUGAAUCAGCUUCACGAGGGAAAACAAAGGGCAACCCGGAAAGGAGAAAAAGUGUGAAGCUCGGAGCUUGUGUUUGUGUAAAUUCCCAUUCGAAAGGUAUUCGUCAUUGUAUUUAGACGAAACUGAUGGUUUGAUCCUGAGCUUCUAGGAGGUUCCAGGUUCAAGAUUUUAUUUUCUCCUUGCUCUGUGCAUUGAGAUAGAGGAAGAUUUGUGUGUUAAUUAAUGGGGUUCUUGAUUUCUUCGUACAAAGCAGCAAAAUGUGUUAUAUCUGGUUUAUAUUAUUGUAAUUAUAUGUUAAGGCAUCCGGGCUGUUGUUUCUGAUACCUAUCUUCACCUUUCUUGCCAUUCUUUUCUUCAUUAAUAUUUGAUAUUAUUGUGUGUGCGUGUGGGUGGGCAGGGGUGGUGUCAGGUGUUUUUGGAUGCAGGAGUUUGUGAGUUAGGAGUUGGAAGGGGCAUUUUAUGCUUUUUGGUGUUGAAAUGAAACUUUUGCAAUGUGAGCUCCGAAUAUCAUAUACCAAUUUUGAUCUCUUUUAUCAUUAUGUUUUUUUAACAGAACCGCUGAUUGGUGGGUCAGUUGUAUCUAUGGGGGAAGCUCCUGCUUUUGUUGUGGACAAUCUCAAUGCCAAUUUCCCUAAUGGGCUUCACUCAAAGUCUAAGGGAUGUGAGACUGCUAUUGAUAUCGGCAACAAAACAUAUGUAAUUGGUGCAUCUACUGAAUCUGCAUGCACAAUUGGAAUUCAAAUAUUCAAUAAAUCUACAAGCGAUUGGGUGAUCCCCGUUGUGUUGGGAACAAAGCCCAAGCCAUCAAAGGGCCACUCAGCUAUUGUUUUAGAUGAAGACCGAAUUUUGGUUAUCAAGGGGAACACAACCUCUGAUGAUAGCUUUUGGUUUCUAGAGGUGAAUACUGCUUUCGUUAGAGAGCAGAAGAUGAGAAUGGCGACUGAAGUAGUUGCUUGGAGUAAAGGGGUGAUUGGCGAAGCUGCAAAACCCAUUGUUAUUAGCGGACCUUCCGGUGUUGGUAAGGGCACCCUGAUAUCCAAGCUGAUGGAAGAAUUUCCAUCAAUGUUUGGAUUCUCGGUAAGCCACACGACACGGGCUCCAAGAAGCAAUGAGCAGAAUGGUAUCCACUACCACUUCACUGAACGCAGUGUCAUGGAAAAAGAUAUAGAAGCCGGAAAAUUUCUUGAGUAUGCAGCUGUUCAUGGAAAUCUCUACGGAACCAGUAUUGAAGCUGUUGAUGUGGUUGCUGACAAAGGAAAGAGAUGCAUCCUUGACAUUGAUGUUCAAGGGGCAAGAUCUGUGAGGGCUAGUUCUCUGGAAGCCAUUUUUAUCUUUAUCUGUCCUCCCUCAUUUGAGGAGCUUGAGAAACGCCUUCGCGCGAGGGGGACUGAGUCAGAAGAACAGAUCCAGAAACGACUCCGAAAUGCCAAGGCAGAACUUGAACAGCGAAACUCACCUGGCCUGUUUGAUCAUAUUUUGGUUAAUGAUGACUUGGAUACAUGCUAUGACAAACUUAAGAAACUCUUAGGCCUUGCUGAUGGUGUCAAGAGCACUCAGGAAUCAGUACUGGAGCCGGUUCAGAUGUCUUUGGACCACAUGGUUUCGAAAACCGGACACAAGAUCCUGAUAAAUUGUGGUGUGAGAGAACCAGAAAAACCAGCUGAGAACAUGUUUGUGCUGGAUUUAGCUUCGAUGAAAGGUGGGGCCCCCGGACGGACAAGGGGUCUGAGAUUUUUCACCAUAGAUCCAACCUCAAAUGGCGUUGAUGCCGAAGUGCUGAGCUAACACCUCAAAAUUCUCGACUAACGUAUUUUUACCUCAUUUUUUUCUUUUAAAUAAUUAUAUUUGUCAUUGAAAGUGAUCGAGUAGAAAGCUAUUAUGAGGGAAUAUAGCUUAUAGAUAAUGUGGAGAAGGAGCUUUCGAGCUACUUCUUUUCCAUACGGGAGAAAUGAUUCCUAAUACAUGACAGGAGCUAACUUGUUAUCCUUGUUACGAUUGGAACACAAGAAAACAUUACCCCUCUCUCAGAAUACGAAAGAAAGACAUUCAAUUUGGGUGUUCAUGUUCGAUUAA